UUUUAAUGACUUCGUUUUAUUAAUUAUCUUGUUAGCAACCGUUAAUUAAUUGAUUAAUUACUUAAUAAUUGCUAUUAUCGUUGAUUGUAUUAUUAUUAUCAGACGUGUAAUCACGUAGUUCGUUAGUUACACUGAUGAUGAUAUAGUAUUAAAAUCAAUAAUUGUUAACUAAAUAAUUAAUUAAUUAAUUAAUUUAAUUGUUUUUUACUGUUAUUAUUACGUCAUAAUUGAACCCUCCGUAUUUCAAAUUAAGGUUAUUAUGAUUAAAUAAUAAAAUUAAUUAUACUGGAUAUCGAGCACGUUAUGACGAGAGUGAAGACGGCAGGGCUUAUGUGCUUAGUGGGUCUGGGGCUAGGGUUCGGCUCCUACAUUGCAUACAAGCUCUGCAAGAAGAUAUUCCCUCUGCGAGCUGGUCAUUGUAAUAAUGAGAAUGUGUUCAAAGAUGGCGCUCAAUCAGAAAAACUAAUUCAUAUAACUUUAAGUCUUCAAAUCGGCGGGAGAACUAUAGCAAUAAUGAAAUUAACAACAACAACACUAAAAACAUCAUCAACAACAACAACAACAACAACAGUAACAACAACAGCAACAGUAACAACAACAACAUCGCUAGCAACAGAAGAGGACGACGAAAUAAAAAAAGGAUUCUCUCAAUACGAAAUUAUCGCAAGUAUUCAUCAUUGCGCCAGAAAAAUGGCAACAACAACAUCAACAACAACAACAUCAACAACAACAUCAACUUUAAUACCAACAACAACAUCAACAACAACAACAAAGUCAUCAACAAAAACAGCAACAAAAAUAAUAAAAUUAAUGGUAAUAUCAACACGAUUGAUUGUACUAGCAAUGUUGACUGUUGUAGCGACGAUAAUUUUAAAACAUUAUUAUUUCGCAACAACAACAAAAACUACACCACUACCACCACCACCAACAACAACAACAACAAAACCAAUCACAAACCGGCUACCGUCAACAACAUCGUGAAAAUCGAUGACGUCACGGAUGACGUCACCGCCGAUGACGACGGCAGAACGUCGCAACAGUCGACAAAAAGUUGUGAUCUGGGAUUCGUUUCUAUGAGAAGUUGUAACUCUCGCCAGCAACAACAUGAAGACUACUCACUAAAGACGGAACAACAGCAGCAACAACAACAACAACCAUCCAAUAGCAACAAUAACAACAACCAUAACAAUAAUAUAAACCAUAAUAACAUCAACAACAACAUCAACACCAACAGCAGCAAUUCAGUGGCCACCUCCUUGCACUGCGCUGCUCAAAACGAGACAACUUCAUUCAUAGACGAUUUAGAAUCUUCGGUCGAGAUAAUUAUCCAACCGGAAGUGUUUCAAACUCAAAACAAAAACCGGAAGUUAAGUGUGCCACUUCCGGCGGCGGACACAGACUGGCCGGUGAUGGUAGAUUACGAAGCCAUGCCGAGUUACCAAAGAUACCAAAGUACUCCUGAUUAUUUGGCGCUGUCGUCAAUCAAAUAUUUUGGCAGUGAAAGCACGGAAAUUGGUAAUGCGAAUGCAACCAAUAAAUUUGCAACGGUGGCCGCGUCUGUUGCUGCUACAACUACAGCUUUCGCAGCUACUACAACUACUGCUGCUGCUACUACUAUAUCUGUAAAUGUCGUUAAUAAUAAAAGAGGCAUCAGCAAUUUCGACGAGGAUGAAGAUCUUCUGAACAACUAUCAGAAACAUGUCUCAGACGACGAUCGCAGAGCAGACGCCCAGCAGGGAUGCAUGGAAUAUUCAUCGGCAGAUGAAAGCAAUUCCAGCCAGCUAUUUGAAACCGCCACCGACUUUGCCAUAUCGGCGGUUCUCACGGAUAUGGAACUGCUGGAGGACAAAUUAGCGGUCCUGAACAACGAUGUUCAUCUCAUCAAUGGAGAGGUCGAGUACCUUCAAAAACGGGAGGACCCGAGAAAAGCAGUGGCACGUAGAUACACCCUCGGGACCACUGAAGCCCUCACGGACAGGAAACGGAAAUGGGCGCGUCAGAAAUACGUCAGACGAAGUUUGAAUGGUGUACAGACAUACCAUAGAUUAAAAAACGAGCGAAAUAAUGCAACGAGAUCGAAGAAUGUCGUCGAUAAUGCGAUAAACAUGGAGGAAGAUAACGACGCCGAUAAUGAUGAUGACGACGACGAUGACGAUGGUGGUGGUGGUGGUGCUGGCGACGAGAGGGAACUUUCAGAUGUCGUUAGAAGAUUGGCAGAAAGUGCAGAUUUCAUGUGGGAUUACAGGACGGAUUUUCAUUAUAUUCCCAGAAAAAGCCUGUCUAAAAAAAUGGACGCCAACCAAAAAGAUGACUCUGUUUUCGGUGAUGGUGCUGACACGUCGUCCUCGUCGUUGCAGUCACUUUCGUGCGAUAUCAACGGUGAGAAAGCGCCAAAAAGAGAUAAAAAUAGCGUAGUCUGCAGUACUGUCGCUGUGACGCCCGUCAGGCACCAACAUUUUUCCGACGACGAAACCGUUAAGAAAAAAAACUGGAAGAGGAUGAGAUGCGAGUCGAAGCAGUGGGCCUCCAACACGAAUCUGAAUGAGAAGCCUUUCAAAUGCAAGUCAGAGUCGCAUCACGCUCCAGGCAAGAAGAAGUUAAACAUCACCGAUGAUAUUUACAUCGAUGAUGACAUCAUCUCUCCCGGAUGUGACGUCAUCAAGAGUGAAGUGGAUGGAAUUGAAAACCAGAUGACGAAUGCUGGUAUGAGAUGUGACAAGGCUGUCAAGAAGAGCAGGGGUUCGACUGCCAGCCCAGCUUUCACUUACGACCAAUGCCCCUCUUCUAAUUGCAACCCACCCGCAAGAAAGGCUAUACUCGUAAAAAAUGAAACUUCAAAUUCGCAGACUAAAAUUAUUUCCAAUCUUUCUUCUCAACGGCAGCCAAAUAAUUUUCGUGCUGAGCUAUUCAGCCUGCCAGACUCUGUUGAAAGUAACAAAAAUGUGAAAAGUUUCGAUCAAUAUCUGCUUGAGAGGUGUCAAUUUGUAACAACAGCCGAUGAUGAAAUUAUUAAAGAUACCUUCAGACAUAUCGAAAAGAUCACAGGCAAAUCGAGCGUGUGCAGUUUAAAAAGAGAUCUAUAUUGCAUCAUGAGGGAAUCAUUCCACCAGGCCUUACUGAGCGACAAACUUCUUCAGUUCAAAAAAUGCCUUCCCAAUUAUUUUACAACCUAUAAAGAUUUGUCGGAAAGAGCUGAAUAUUCAUUCUUAAAACACUGGUCCUGGACUUCAUUGGCACAUCUCCAAUCACAUCCUGAUGUCAGCUCAGUAGAAAGCUGCCUGAGAUUUUUAACCAAUAUGCUGAACGCUUACAACGAGUUCUCGCUUCGUAACAAUGAUAUCAAUAACAACAACAUCAACAACAACAACAUUUCAACAUGUAACAACAACACGAACAACAGCAUUUCAACAAGUAACAACAACAUCAACAACAACAACAUUUCAACAUGUAACGACAACACGAGCAACAACAUUUCAACAUGUAACAACAACAUCAACAUUUUAACAUGUAACAACAACAUCAACAACAAUAAUAACUUCGACGGAACCAAAACUUCUUUGCCACUCCCAACAAAUCCCACAAUUGACGGAUUACUCAUGGAGACGAUUAAAAUGUUAAUGAUGGUAGAAGCAUGUCGGUUGUACCAAGAUUUUGUUUCCGGUCCGUCAAAAUGCCACAGUCUGGCCUGGCAGCUUUUUCUCAAAGGGGCAACAUCGAAUCCAGAAAAGUUACUACGAAAUAGAAUUAGUAAUAUUGGGAAAACUGUUGCUAUGAACAAGGCUGAAAUUAGCCUCCUGGCUUACACAUUGAAACUGAAGUUAGAAAUUUUCAACACCUCGGCCAGUAGCGGCGCCAAAAACAUUUUUUCGUCCGACACUAAUUUCGUUUCCUAUUUCCCGGACACUGGGGCCGACCAAUUCGAGAAGGUUCAACUAAUCGAAGAAUCGGAAAACUGUUACAUCUCCCUGCUAAUGCAGCCUUAAUCGCACACACACACGCACGCACGCACAUACAUAACACACACACGCGCGCACAUACACACACACUCACACACACAUUAUCAAGAAUGUAUUGAGUAUCGUUAUCAAAACCGUCGCAAUCCCGUCAUCAUCAUCGUCAUUACUAUUAUCAUCAUUAUCAUAAUUCUAUAGAUAUAUAGACAAUCAUCAUCAUCGUCAUCAUCAUUAUCAUGAACUGCUGCCGCACAUUAGCCUAAUAUAAUAUUAUACAACCACGUCAUACUCGCAUACACGCACACAUGUAUACACACACACACGUACACACACACACACACACAUGCAUAUAGAUACACACAAGCACAUUUUUUCUUGUUUUUUAUUAGCAUCGUUUUUACCGGCUGUGUUUUAUUUAAACUUGAAUAAAAAUUUUUAAAAUCACGC